AUGCGGGAUAGAGGCGAAGUUGGUGGAUCAUUGGACGCUAUUGACGACGUUAUAGGGACCAAUCCUUGGGCAGUGUCCAUGACUGCUUUCAGUAAACUAACUGCCGAGGUUGCAAAGUAUGAGCAUGUAUUACCAGAGCCCUUUCCCAUUCCAUGCCGACAGACCUUAUCGCGAUAUAUUGCCAGCUACAUUCGUGGGUUUCACCCCCAUCUCCCUUUCAUACAUAUCCCGACAUCUUGUGUGGAGACUAUGUCGCCUGUCUUGUUGCUUUCCCUCGCCGCUACUGGAUCGUUCUAUGGUUUCGAGCAUACACACGGGUAUGCAAUGAUCCUUUUGGCCAAGUCAAUCACCGCUGAGAAGCUCGAACAACGUCGCCGAGAGUCUACAUCACGUCUUGUUCGGAGUUUCCCACGGUAUGCCGAGCUACCCAAUAGUUCCUCUGGAGAGCACGACCCAUCCACACGACCAAAGGUGACGCCACAACCCGUACCUACCCCCGUCUUCGAUCUCGAGUUGGUACAAUCUCUGGUGAUCCUCCAGAUGACCAUGUCUUGGCUUGAUGGACCAUUUGCUGAGGAUGCGUUGGCCAUGAGUAGCCAACUUGCUGCGGUUACUCGCGAGGGUUUGAGUCACUCACCUGUGCAAGAUGCGGACAACUCUUGGAAGGACUGGUCAUUUGAAGAAGCAAAGCGACGCACGCUAUUAUCUGCUUACUUCGUGCUCAACAUCCAGACCAUCUGCUUCAACGUACCACCUCAAAUCGCCACCUCCGAGGUCAAUCUCACCCUUCCAUGUUCUGAAGCAGAGUUUAAAGCACCUAAUGCGGCUGCCUGGCAACGCCUACAUCAGAAGAGCAAUGUCCACGAUAUGGACUUUCAAAAAUGUUUCAAGCAGCUGCUGUCUGGAAAGUCACUCCCCAAGGAAGUCUCGGCAGCCGAAUUCGGGAACUACAUGCUCGUCCAGGCCUUGUUGGUACAGAUUUACUUUGAAAGACAAGCUGCCUCAGUUCUAUUGAGCUCUUCGUCGAGCCUUUCGCCUUGUACGAUCCAGCUCUACGACAGUGCUCUUGCUGCGUGGUCAACAUGCUGGGAUUCUGCUAUUGAAUCUGCAUUGGAUCCCUCAUCCGUUCACGGACCAUUAGCCUUCAACUCAACUGCCAUCCUUAGGCUGGCCCACGUGCAUCUUGGGGCUGACUUGUUCAGUCAAUGCGCUCUCAACUCGCGGGAUCCUCGGGUGGUUGCUCAAGCCUUUGAACCACAUCGAAAUCCCAUUUUGCUUGGCUCCGCACAUCUGGACAAAGCUGUUCUCCAUGCCAUCUACGCAUUGAGGAUUCCCGUAAGGGUUGGCAUAGCGUUUGUGGCCCGAGGCCGAACGGGACAUUGGAGCGUCCAGCAUGCCAUUAGUAACUUUGCGUGCGCACUACUACUUACGCAUUGGCUCGAAAACAUCUUCAAUCUGGUCUCUUCAAGCGGACUCGGCGGUCUGAGGCAUGAGGAGAGGCGUUUACUCUCCAUGAUUGAACGGCUUAUUGAAGAGACGCAUCUACAUGAUGGCCUAGGGCCAAAGGACUGCUACCCAAACCGGAUACGACGACUGGCCAUCGCUGCGGUGAAGCUUUGGGCUGAAACAUGCCAGGGUAUUCAGGUAUAUGAGUUGGUUCAUAUUAUGGGCGAGACACUUUCUCUGGUCGCAGAGUCACUGGAGAGUCGUCUUUGA